AUGUCGGAGGAAGGGAAAUCCAAGGUGGGAACCGAUGAGAAGGUUGUCGUGGCGAAAAAAUAUACCGGGGAAUAUUAUGUUCUUGGAAUGAUGCGGGAUAAAAAAACCUUUGCGAUAGAACACUCACAUGCUCGACAGAAAAAACAUACUGCUGAUGAAUUUACUAUUGGCGAUAUAAUAGGUAGAGGUUCGUUUGCUGAGGUAUACCAGUGCUGGAGACCAGAUGAACCUGAUUUAAUUUAUGCGAUGAAAAAAAUUCGGAAAGAUUUGAUUGUACAGAGACAACAAACUCUUAAUAUUCAUACAGAACGUGACCUUUUAUCAGAUGCUAAAUCUAGGCUUAAAAAAGUAAGUUCUCCAUGGAUUACUGAUCUAGUAGUAACUUUUCAGGAUCCUGAUUUUUUAUAUAUAGUUACUGAAUAUUGUUCUGGAGGUGAUAUGAUUUCUUGGCUUAUCCGACAUGAUAUAUUUUCUGAAAGUACAGCAAAGUUUUAUAUAAUGGAGUUGGUUUUGGCUUUGAACUCUCUACACAAAAUGGGAUAUGUUCAUAGAGAUGUAAAGCCAGACAAUAUUCUUAUUGAUCGGGAUGGUCAUAUAAAACUAGCUGAUUUUGGAUUAUCGAAAAGGGAUCCACAAUGGCUAGAUGAUUUGUGCCGAUCCAAUUUUGAAGAAGUAGAAGAAGAUGGUGUUGACAUUACAAAACGGUUUAAAGAUAAGAAAGAAAGGAGAGUAUUGUUUUUUUCUACAGUUGGAUCUCCUGCUUAUAUUGCACCUGAAGUUCUUCUUGGACAAGGGUAUAGUUAUUCUUGCGAUUGGUGGAGUGUUGGUAUAAUUUUAUAUGAAAUGCUUUGCGGUUAUCCACCUUUCUUUAAUGAUAGUCGAACUGGAACGGCAAAGAAAAUUGUUCAUUUUAAACAAUACCUGGAGUUUCCUCAGGGAUCAGAAUCUAUAUCACCUGAAGCUGUUGAUUUAAUUUCUCAUUUGAUUGCAGGACCUGAAGAUCGUUACGGUUUUGAAGAAAUUAUACGACAUCCUUUUUUCACUGGGCUCCCUACUACUGACAGAAUUCGUCAUGAAAAGGCUCCUUUUUCUGUCGAGAUAACUCAUGCAAGGGAUCAGCAGUAUUUUGAACCCGCUGCUGACAAUGCGGCCAUUCAGAAACAACCUCUUGUUACUGUGUCUAGAGAAGAUCAGGCUGUAUUUGUGGGAUUUACUUCUAAAUUAAGUGAUCGGGGUCAGUCAACCACUCUUUCUGGUGCUCUUGGAAGAUUUCAUGAACUGCAGGAUUUUUCAGAUGAAGACUAG